GUUUAUUAUUACCACGUGCGUUGAUAUUAUAUAAAUAAAUUGAUCUGGUCAGUACCACUCAAAAAAAUUACUUGAGGAAAUUGAUUAGCUGAACAAACUUCGAUAAUCAAUACACAAUAUUCAAUAAACAUAGUUUCAUUAGUCAUUUCUAUUUGACAAGUUGCUACAGAGGUUAAACUACACCAUUUCAUUUACGUUCAUUGGAAAAAAAAGAAUGAAUACUAAUUCAAGUGAUCAGAUGGAUAUGGAGACUGAUUUGAGUCCCACCGAAUGUCUUGAAAAAAAUAUGUUAAAUCCGAAGGAAGAAGUACUCAAGGCACGCGACAAAAAUUAUUAUCUACGUAAUGAAAUAAUGGAAACCAUAAAAGAAAAUAAUGACGAUGAUGAAGAUGAAAAAAAUUUUCAAAAUCCCAUAAUGGAUAAUGAAAAAGAAAAAAAAUUAUUAGCACAUUAUGAUAUGCUUAUGUUCGAACUGCGUCACCAAUUUCGUGUUCAUUCACAUUUCGAAAAACUAUGCGAAGAUUUUCGGAACAAAUUUGUUUCUUCAAGCUUUACAACAUAUAUUUUUCAUGAUUCCCAUUAUAAUGAGGAUUAUGAUGAGGGAUAUUAUCAUUCAGAACGAAAUGAUUUAAAAUAUGUAAUUGAUCUAUGUGGACCUAAAUUAACUUGUCUAGAUGUAACAAGCUAUCCUGAUUCACAAAUAAUGCCAUUAAUUAACAAUAAUUGUCCAAAUCUUAAGCAACUUCGAUUACGAUUUAAAAGAAUUGAAAGUGAAGAUUUUGAAAAUGUUUUUUCUAAUAUGAUUAAUCUCAAAGGGCUGAGGAUUCAAUGGGAAUGUGAAAAUUCAACUUUACCAAUGACUUUGGUUGAGUCAUUGGAACAAGUUGGUGGAACCUUGAAAUAUUUAUUUCUUAGAAAUAAUUUAAAGCAAAAUGAUAUUUCCUUGCCAGACUCAUUGACUUGGAUAUUUCCUAAAUUAGUUGCUUUGGAAGAGUUAUGUAUAUUUGGUUUUUCACUAAGUCAACCAUUACUCCAGUCGAUAGGUAAAAUUGAGAAUUUGGUUAACCUGAGGUUAGGGCCUUACCCAGAUAAUGAUUAUCCAGUGUUUGAUAAAAAUAUCACUAUGUAUCCAAUAGGCAAUUUGAAAACUUUGAAAAUAUUACGUAUUGGUUGGAAUUGUGGUGUUACAGAUGAAUUUUUAAUUAAUCUUUGUAAUAAUGCUAAGCAAUUACGAAAUUUAUCUAUAAUUGGUACAAAUAUAACAGAUAAAGGUAUUAUUGCAUUUCGUAAGUUGAAACAAUUAGAAUACCUCGAUUUUUGUUUACUUGAUCUUUAUUCAGCUGAUGUAAUUGAAAAAAAAAAUGAGUUUAUCACUGAUAAAUCAAUUCGAAGCUUAUGUAAUAAAAAAUUGCGCAAAUUGGAUUUAUCAAAUUGCCUUGAAAUUACUAAUAGAUCAGUGAUUGAACUUGUUGAAAAAGCACCACGUUUAAAACAUUUAUAUAUUAAAAAUACAAAAGUAACUUUUGAAGUUGUUGAAGAAAUAUCUGACUCAAUGAGACAUCGUAAAAGACCAAUAUUUGUGUUUGUUUCCUUCAAAAAUCGUAAUGGUACUUUCGAAUCAUUAGCAGAAUCAGUUAAUGUUCAUUUUGUGCCUCCAUUUGAAGAUUCAUCAAUUAAUUAAUAAUAUAUGAUAAUUAUUAUUAUUACUAUUGUAUUUUUUUAUGGACAUGUCUUUUAAUUAUGUAAUAAAUCAUAAAACUACUUUGUUGAAAAAAAAAUUAAAAUUUAUAAAAAAAAAAUAAA